CCACUCCAAGAGAGAAACUAGGUGACAACAGUCAAACUGUCAGAAAUUGAAUAGAAAUAUAGUAAAGGGAAAAUGUUCAGAGAAAAUGAAAAAAGCAUCAGUUGUAUCUAUGAAAAUGAAUUAGUUACUAAAGGGAAAUUUAAAGAAGAGACCGCGGACAGGAGCACAAUGAGAAUCCAGUCAUCUGAACUCACAGGACAUGAUCCAGUGAAGAUCAGAAACUACAGAUCAGCUGUAGUGUGUUUGGUUCUUCUGUGUGUUCUUCUGCUGACUGCAGUCAUAGUGCUGUGUGUCAUCUUCACUCAAGAGAGACAACAGCUCAUAUCCAAGACUGAAAACCUGAUCAUUGAGAGAGACCAGCUAGGAAAUGAACUUCACAUUCUUAAAUGGACUUAUUAUCAAUCCAGUUUUUACUACAUGUCCAGUGAGAUAAAGAACUGGACUGAGAGCAGAAGAUACUGUACAGAGAGCGGAGCAGAUCUGAUCAUCAUAAACAACAGAGAGGAACAAGAUUUUGUUAAUAAAAUGUUUGGUGGUACUACAGCCUGGAUUGGUCUGACUGACGGUGAUGUGGAGGGCAGGUGGAAAUGGGUUGAUGGCAGCACACUGACCUCUGGUUACAGCUCCUGGUGGCAGGGAGAGCCACAUGGAGGAACAACAGAGAACUGUGCUGUGACUGUAUAUAAUGAUUCAAGGUGGCCCACUUUGUUUGGGUGGUUUGAUGUUCAGUGUAUUUAUGGUUACCAAUGGAUCUGUGAGAAGAGGAUGUCAUAACCCACACUGUCAACAUGACUCCAGACAUUUGUUUAAUCUGACCAGAAACACCUUGUGAGUAAAACCCCACAGAGUAUUCUGAGUGAGAUUCCAGUCUUCAGUUAUUAUUUGAAUUGAAAACUCAAAGCUUUUAAAAUGAAUAAUUAAAUAAAUAAAAAUCACUGAAUCAUUUGUA